UUCAGCCCUCGAGGUUACCGGAAGUUGUUUCAGCUGCCAUGUUUGGUUGCUUUGUUGUAGGCUUCUACUUGGUUUCCUACAGAAUUAGUAAGUGUGGAAAUGGAGCCGAGCUGGAGUACGUUUCUUUUUCAACAGGCCAACGAAGCCCUUCACCACCAGCACCAGGUGGCCCAGAACAGUCUGCUGCCACUUCUAAAUGCAGGAGCUGAACAAGUUGACCAGAAGCCUGUCCUGCCGAUCCAAAUCGACCAGAAGCCCCCCACGAGCGCUGCUGAUCUCCUAAAAGACAAUGUGGCCAGCGGAGGAGGUGUGCGGCCACCAGUGCCUGUCAUAAAGAAGGAGCACAAAGGCAAAACUCCUUUCAUCUGCGGCUACUGCAACAAGGCCUUCCGUGACAGCUACCACCUGCGACGUCAUGAGUCCAGCCACACCGGUAUCAAGAUGGUGUCGCGGCCAAAGAAGACAGCCCAGACAGCCCCCACCAUGGUACCUAUGAUUUCCUCCAUGCCACGAGAGAACAACGGCAACCCUUCCUACAUCUCUACUGUAGCAGGCAUCCUCUCCACAGCAACCACUUCUGUUUCCUCAAGUAUCAUGACAUCAUCUGCAAUGGGCAGUGUGCCACAGCAGAACAUCCCCAAGAAACCCGCGAAACCUGUCAAGAAAAACCACGGUUGUGAGAUGUGUGGCAAGGCCUUUCGUGAUGUCUACCACCUGAAUCGCCACAAGCUGUCCCAUUCAGAUGAGAAACCUUUCGAAUGUCCCAUCUGCCAGCAACGCUUUAAAAGGAAGGACCGAAUGACCUACCAUGUUCGCUCUCAUGACGGUGGAGUCCACAAGCCCUAUGUAUGUUCUGUGUGCGGGAAAGGCUUUUCCAGGCCAGACCACUUGAGCUGCCAUGUGAAGCAUGUGCAUUCUUCAGAAAGACCAUUUAAAUGCCAAGUAACGGCCUGUACCUCUGCUUUCGCCACCAAAGACAGACUGCGUUCCCACAUGAUCCGACAUGAAGGCAAGGUCACCUGUAGCAUCUGUGGGAAGAUGCUCAGCGCAGCCUACAUCACCAGCCAUCUGAAAACUCACGGACAGACCAACUUCAACUCCUGUAACAAAGAGAGUAACGAAGUCUGCAACUCUGCCUCAGCUACACCAGUGACCGUUUCUGCCCCAAUCACCACGGCAAUGAACCGGGGCAACAACAACAACAACCCUGUCACCAUAGCCGCACAAAUGAACAUUAGCACCAGCACGGUCAACAUCACAUCUCCAGUCAGCCUCCAGCACCCAGUCACCAUCACCGGGCCUGUCAACAUUGCCUCUGUCAACAUCCCUGCCUCGGCACCCAUGAAUAUAGCCCACCCAGUCGCAAUAACGACCCCCAUGCCUAUGAAUAUGGCUGGUCCACUCAACAUCGCCAUGAGGCCAGUGGAUAGCAUGUCUUUUCUGUCCCAAGUCUUGCCUUCUUCUCCACCCUGGUAAAAAAAAAAAAAAAGAAAAGAAAAACAUGGAGAGAGAGCAUUGAACUGGCCAGAAAGAAAGGGAAAAUGAAGUAAACCAAGAGACUCCUGUCCUCAUUAUUUGCACCUCGAGCCCAGCUCUUUCUCCCUCAGUACCAUGUUUACUUCAUCAGACCCUGAAGUGAAUAUUGUGAAGCGAACACAAGCUGGUAGGAGCUCCCCAAGUCACAGCUGCGUCUCAACUAGUGAUAAGUGGCUGACAUGAGAUGCAGAACACUUGAGUAGAAAUCUAGUAGGAUUUAUCUUGAAAUCAGGACAACCGUAAAACUUAGUGUAGUCAGUUAGAAUGAUGAAACUGUGAUUUGUGACAUGACAAAUGAGAGGAGAGGAUUCCUCAAGCACCUUUGAGGACCCCGUAGGAAAACACCCCUGUGCUUUUGUAAAAGGGAGAUGAGAAAUGGACUGAAGCAAUAACUAUAAAUUGCUGUUUUUGAUGUUUUACAAGUUCUCUCCCAAAGCCUCUGGGUGUUACUUUGUAUGUUGUUUUUUUUUUAACUAUAGCCUGCUAAUCACUGUCUAUUUAAUGUUAUAGGAAAUGAGUCUAGUAAAAGGGACAGCAGCUUCCACUUGCAUGGAAGACUAUUUUUUCACAGUACUAUAGCUUUUUUUCUCUCAGAUAGUAGGUAUGCUGUUGAGGUACAGUUACUAACUUGUACAGUUGACAUAGUAAUGUAUUUUCAUGUCAGCAUUUUAUUUUUUUCUUUUGUCAGUCAAGCGGACAUCUUAUUGUCCUCUUGGCAAUGAAAAUAUUUGUACUUUGUUUUCUAUUUGAAUGGAAACACAAAGGUUUGUUUUUAUUUGCCUAUUUGUCCUGUUUAUUUUUCCAUGAAGUCAGAAUGGAGUGAGUCUUGCACUGAAAGCAUAUCCUACAUACAGGUGAACAGCAGUAUUAUCAAAGAUCAAAUUGGAGUCUUGAGUGUUUGGUUAGCCAAUCAGCACUUGAGGGCCAUCUAGUGACUGACCAUGGAAAGGCCUGGCCUUGUAGUGAAGCUUUUUCAGGCUGUUACUGUCAUCAUAAUGGUGACUAAUUAGUUUUGUCUGACUCUUAUGUACACUGUUUUUUUUUUUUAAAUCAUUUUUUUCUGUUAUCCCCAAGAUGUUACCAAGGACCCGUCACUCAGGAAACACUUAAAAGCCCACUAUUCAUGAAUUUGGUUCCUUUUUCAAUUGACCGUAUCGACCGUGUAUAUUGAUUUGUUGAUUUAUUUUUUAAAAUGUGCUUUAUUAGAUUUCCUAAAUCAUUUGGCAUUAAUUUGUUAAAAGAUUUGACCAGACUUCCAUCAGGGACAAGAAGUCCAACAGAUUGAUUUUGAACAUAGCCGUCCAUUGAAAUAAUCAUUUACUGUGCAAUGGCAUACAUGCUGUACUUUUUUCAUAUUUUCUUUGAAGUCAAGUUCUGCUCAGGCUGCAUGAUUAUGUGGCUGAGGUCUGGAUGAGUUUUAUAAAAUGCAAGUUUGUGUCCAUUAAAAUAACAGGACGAGAUUGAUGUUGCAUGACCCCCAACACUGUAGCUACUGAACAUUAACUAUUUUUAAAUGAAUGCCAGUGAUCUCGACAGUGUUGCAGCUCUUUGAGUUGAUGGAGUUUAUACUUAAAAAAAAAAAUGCAAUAUGCAUGUUUGUCAUUUUUCCCAAGUUUUGUUUUAAACAAAAUAUUAGUGUAGCUUUAUUUUUUUGUUCUUAUGCAUUUACGUAGAUACACUAUGAUAGUCUGUUUGCCAAAUUUGAUACAAUGAUAAUGUGUUAAACUGAACAUUUCUUGUGGAAUUGAACAUCUCUUUAUUUUUAAGGAAAACAAAUAAUUGGAAAUUCCAGGACCCUUGUGAAAGCAGUUGAAUGUAUAUCUUUGUACAAAACUAUUUUAGUUCCAAGGAUAUGGUAGUUACGAUAGAUGUGAAAGAUAAGAUAACCUUUUUAUAAAACUUUUGUAUUAGAACAUUAACAAUGGUAAUUUUGUAUAUAUGAGAGGCUAGGCUUUCUGAUUAGCAGAAAGGUCAAACAUUCCUACAUUUUUUUUAAAUGUAUGUUUGUCAAAUUAUUACAUAAACAUGCGCAACGUUAUGUGCCUUUUAUUUGGGUUGUCUAAAUAAAAGAAAACUAUGAAA